UAAUCUCCUGACGUCAUUUUCCCAUCUAAGGAAAAAGAAGGAAUCCCGAAUUUGUUUUUAGUUGGGUACUUCCUUGUAGCCCCUCGGUAAUGGGUGGGUGCAUGGGUACCUCUCGUGGUGGCUCAGGAAGCACAGGUGAUCCAGAGAGUAGCGGUGGACCAAACACGGUGUCAGUCGGGCGCAAUCAGCCUCUCAAGUCUGAUAAACAAAAAUGGAAAAGUGACAUUCCUUUGACAGAGGGCCAGUUACGAAGUAAGAGAGAUGAGUUCUGGGACACUGCUCCAGCAUUUGAAGGCCGUAAAGAGAUUUGGGAUGCACUGAAAGCUGCUGCCUAUGCAUUAGAGACUGGAGAUCAUACUUUGGCACAAGCUAUUGUGGAUGGAGCCAGCAUUUCUCUCCCUAAUGGGACAUUAAUGGAUUGUUAUGAUGAGCUAGGAAAUCGGUAUCAGCUCCCAGUAUAUGUUUUGAGCUCUCCAACAAAUCUCAUAGAAGAAGUGAGCGAGAGUGACACAGCCACAGACUCCGAGUCUGUCUCAACAGGACCAGAGACCUUAGUGAAACUUAGGCUCUCCACUGGGAAAGACCUAAAGCUCUCAGUACGUACAACAGACACUGUGUUGAAAGUGAAAAGGAAAAUCCAAACAGAAGAAGGCAUUGACCCAUCUCGGCAAAGAUGGUUCUUUUCUGGUCGCUUACUUAGUGAUAAAAUGAAGAUAGAAGAUUGUAAAAUUCCCAAGGGAUUUGUUGUGCAAGUGAUUGUUUCUGGAUCCCACCCACAUACUCCAGUAGACAGUUAAAUGAUACAUAGAAUUGCACUAUCCUAUUUCACAUUAUUUACAGAGGAAGAGCAGCUACCAAAACAUUAUAUGAUAUUAUGUAAUAAAGGAAAUUCUACAUUGACUACGGGAUAAAAUAAAAGCUGGUGCUUUAAAGACACAUUGCAAGAACCCUCAUUAUUGCACCCACAAUAAUCAACGGAACUACAGAUACUUAUUCUGUUGCCCUAGUAAAAAAUGUAACAGAUUAUUUUGUGUAAUUGGAUAUAUUUAAGUACAAGCAUGUUGAUUUACUUACAUGGUAUAUAGUGUGUGUAAUGCUACAUAUCUGCAUCCAUGGAAUAUACAGGAUUGGUGAGAUAGCACAGUUUCUGGUAAACUGGACAUUAUUUUAAUGUUUUAAUCUUGGCAACAUUUAUUUUCCCCUAAAAUUAAUUACAAAGGCAAUAUGUGUAACAGUUGCAACCCUACUUGUCUGCAUUAGCAUUUUAAUUUGUUUCCCCCAUUUUAUGUGUACAGAUCAGUGCUGUGAUUGUUGAACAAAGCCAAGCUUGCACAUCUUUACUUGCUCAAAAUUUAAGGGACAAUGUACAGGAUUUUUGUCUUUUCAAUUUUCCCCCUCUUUUUUGGAUAUCCGGGUCAUAUUCUUAUUAAUGUGACAUCCCUUUUAAGUAAUUUAAUUCCUACCCCAGCUCAAAAUUUACUGAUUUGUGCCAAGUGACCAUAAAAUUGGCAGAACAUGAUUUAGGAGUACUUGUUAGUUUUGAACUUGACAGUAGAAUAUAAUUGAGCAACCCAGGAAAAUAUCUGUAUUUUUCUCCUGGAUUUGGUAUACAGUCCCUUUAAUGCUUCAAGGAAGAUAUCAAGUAGACGAACUCAUUUCUCAUUAUAGUUCUUGUAUAGCUUUAUAUGUCAAUUGAUCCUAAGUCAAAAGGCACCACUCUUUAGUUUAUAAAAUGCCUUUAGUUAAGUGAUUGAGAUCUUCAUAUGGAUUUUUCAAUCAUUUAAAAAUUGUAAAGAUAUCUGUUGGUGAGUCGUCUUGCCUGCUAACUAAAAAGAUUACCCUUGUCAAGGUCCCAUUUGUUUGAAAUCUUAAAUUGUGUUUUCUGUUAAUAUUGUUCAGCAUUGGGUCCUUUAAAAUGUGGUAUGACACCAAGGCAAAAUGACUUGGAUGUUUUUGCUGUCAUGCAAUGUAAACAUAUUAUCAUUUACAUAUCAGAAAUAAAAAUAAAGCAAUCCUUGAAGGUAUUUAGUAAGUGGACAAUAUUAACUUUAAUCCAUUUAUGUACAUUUUCAAGUCAUUGGAAUUAUUUUGACUAAUUUAAUGUCACAGAUGGACUUGCAUUUGUUCAUUAUUGUAAAAACUCAGUCAUGACUAGCAUAUCUGCUAGUAUGGGAUAUGGAAUAUAAUACAACAUCAGUCAGUUGACAGAUUAAUCAUCACAUAAUAGAUAUCCAAUGAUAAAUUCCCCUUCCUGAUAGUUUGUCACAGAAUCAGAACAGUUUCCAGAAUUGUUAGAUAACACAGGAAGGUGCCUUUUUAAAUAACUUUAUCAGAUAACAGAUUGGCUUUGUCUAGUGCAUGUCUUUAAGCUGCCACAGAAAAAGGGGAAAUUAAUGCAUAGCAUGUUGGUUAAUAAAGGAUGGUUGUCAGCUUCAAGUCAAAGUAAUUAUAUUGAACAUAAUAUGCAUCUUUUGGUGUGUCAGAAUAGAGAAAGUCAAAUUACCCGAAGCUGUAUAUUAUGUUUAAAGCAGAAGCUUCUGCAUGAAGUAUGGCAAAUGUAUCACCUAUAUUGUGGAUCAAUUCAUGUUUUUAAUGGUUGGUGAUUCUGUAUACCUUUCAUGUUUCAGCAUUUGGAUUAUUUUAUGUCAACAUUUUAGUGUUAUAUAUAUAUAUAUAUUUAUAGUUUAGUGAUCUGUGUUAAUAGUGACUUAUUUUAUCAAGUUUAGUCAUGGAUCAAAUGAGCUUGUGGUAUGCUCUGAAACAUGAGGAUGUGAAUUAACUGGUUGUGAGAGAAAAAAUACUGCCAACAUUUAUUUAAUGUUAGUAUUUGAGAUGAGUGAUGAUCAACAAUAUCGCAUAUCUUAACUUUCUUUUACUGAUUUUCAAAAAGGAAAACAGUGAGUAAUUUUUUUGUGUUUAGGUUGAAGGUACCUCUAACACCUGCUGAUUAUACUCAGAAAAUCAUGAAAUUUUCACAGCAUAAUAAUGCUAUAUUAGAAGUUGGGAUAUUUUCUUUCUCUUUUAAAAUAGAAAAAAAUCUGAAAUUUUAUCAAUAUAAUAGCACAAAUACUUUGAAACAGCCCCAGUUGAAGGCAGAAACAAAAAAAAAAAA